CUCCAGGUUUUCCCGAGGGAAAAAAGAGGAGGAAGAGAAGCGGCUACACUCUGUCAUGGCUAGUGGAAAGCUGGUUCGGGAUUUCCUGUUUUCUAAGCGGAAUCUCUUUCUACAUCUAUCGUCACAACAGGGUUUGAAUACGAGAUUACGGCAACUUUCCGCACCUGGUUAUCAUGGUUACCGUCGAUUCAGCGUGUUCAAUGAGUUCUCGAAGAGAAUUAAAGGCGAGGUUGAGAGAAAUCCUGAAUUUAAAAAAUCAGUUAAGGAACUGAAGGAGAAAGCAGAAGAGGUGACUGAAGAGCUGAAAGUUAGAACGAAGCAGACAACUGAGAAGCUGUACAAACGUGUGGAUGAUGUCUGGACGGAUGCCGAAAGUACGGCCAAAAAGGUUUCGGGUGAUGUUAAAGAGAAGAUUUCGGCUGCGAAAGAGGAGGUCAAAGAAACUUUCGGGAUUGGGAAGCAAGAAUCUGCUGGGUCGACUGGUGCUUCAGAAGGUCAGGGUUUUGAUACGAGAGAUAAAAGCCAGGCUGCAGAUGGGGAGCAGACACACCAUCAGUAUGGGUCUACUGGUUCUGCAGAAACAAUAUUUGAGAAAGUAAAGUCUAGGAUUGCAUCCCCAAAGGUUUCUUCAGCCCUACAUAAAUUGAAGGAAGCUAAGGUCAUUGACUUGGCAAAGAAAGGAUAUGACAUUGUAAAGGAUGAGCUAAGUAAUAGCCCAAGUAAGAGAAAGCACCUGGAAUAUAAUUCUUCUCCCUCAGCUACAACAGAAAAAAGUACAAGAACUGACAUUGUUAUUGCACCCUCAAAUCAGUCUCGAUGGAGUAAGAAGUGGGACAAAAUCAAGGAGAAGAUUCAAGGUACUCCAUUAUUCAAACGAAUCAACAGGUUUGGUGAACCUGUGGUGACAAAAGGUCAAGAGAUAGCAGAGGAUGUUCGAGAAAGAUGGGAGACCAGUGAUAGUCCAAUUGUUCACAAAAUUCAGGAUAUUAACGAGACCAUCUUUCAAGAAACAGAUGCUGCAGCAUCACUCAAGGAAAUACGUCGUCGAGAUCCAUCUUUCUCCUUACCAGAGUUUGUGGCAGAAAUCCAGGAAGUGAUUAAGCCAAUUCUUAAUGCUUAUAUGAAGGCAGAUGAAAAAACUUUGAAGAAGUAUUGUGCACAUGAAGUGAUUGAGCGAUGUAAAGCAGAGCACCAGGCUUUUCAAAGCCAUGGUAUCUUUUUUGAUAACAAGAUUCUACAUAUAUCUGAGGUUGAAGUGAAGGAGACCAAAAUGAUGGGAACCUCGCCAAUAAUUAUUGUGGCUUUCCAGAUGCAGCAAAUCCAUUGUGUACGUGAUAGAAAUGGUUCAAUUACAGAAGGUGGCAAGGACACCAUCCACACUAUUUACUAUGCUUGGGCCAUGCAGCAAGUAGAUCCAGAAGAACUUGCAGAAGGUGCAGUCUACCCAAUCUGGAGGUUAAGAGAGAUGCAAAAACUUGGCGUCCAAGCCCUUAUCUAGUCUGUGUUAUCAUAUAUUGAUGCAUGUUGUACCAUUGAACUUAUCUUGGAUUCCUAAUUUCCUAUCCUUUUUUUUUUUUUUUUUUUGGCUCCCGUUUUUAUUUAAAAAUUCCUGGGUUUUUGGCAUUCUUACCAGGGAAAUAUUGCUUCAUAUUUUUCUAACGUUGGUCAAAUAAAAAAAACUGGUCUCAUUGGAGUUUCAAUAUUUAGUAGGAAGUCUUGUUUUGUGGUUUUUGUUUUUUGUGCAUGUAUAUAUGCAGGAGCAAGUUUUGUU